ACCGCGCUUGGCGCGCUGUCGACAACCUGAGUCCCCUGUGGUUUCUUCUGGCUCUUUUGGCGAUGUUCCCUCUGUUUAGGAGGGCCUUGAGCCGCUUUUCGGUUCGCAGCUUUCAGCAAACUGUUGAAAGGCAGAACCACCAGGACAGGCUGCCUAAUUUUCACGAUAAGUAUGGCACCCCAAUAUUGCUCAGUGGAGCCACUUUCUGUCUUGCCAUUUGGGCAUAUGCGGCUACACAAAUUGGAAUUGAGUGGAACCUGUCCCCUGUGGGCAGGGUGGUCCCAAAAGAUUGGAGGAGCCAGUAAAGGAGAAAUUCCUUUUCAUCGAAGCUGGCCAAAGCUGGCGUCAUUCUGGAUUGUUCCAGAAUUAACAUAACGAAGUAAAGGUAGUCUGUUAUCAACUGUAACGUGGCAUUAUUAAUGUAAUAAAAUGCAUUUGAAAUC